GCUUCGGUGCCAUUCAAAGGCUAGCAGGCUAACGCGCUAACAGACGAAGAGCAGCGCUGUUUACUUGUCCUCGUCUCUCUUACACUGAAGCGAAUGCACUUGUGUCCUCCUCUAGAGUCUACACGUUGAUUUCGAAAAGACAUGGCCGCGGAUUGGUUGGGUAGUUUGGUGUCAAUUAACUGCGGGCCAUCGUUGGGAGUCUAUCAAGGAGAAGUGUCUUCUGUGGACCAGAGCAGCCAAACCAUCUCCUUAAAACAGCCUUUCCACAACGGAGUCAAGUGUCCUGUCCCCGAGGUCACGUUCAGUGCCAUUGACAUUAAGGAACUCAAGAUUUUGGAUAUAAGAAAUGGCAACAUCAGGCCUUCCUCAAAGACGAGCAGCGCACCGCUUGCCGUCCCAAAGGGCGACCCCCGAUCGAUGGAGAAAGUCAGCUCUCCGCAGCACUGCUCUAAAAGUUAUGGGGAGCGACACCUGGAUGUGCCUGGACAGCCGAAAGCGUUUCGCAGGAGACACAAUUCCUGGUCAUCGAGCAGUCGCGGCGCAAACCAGGUGACCCCGAAGAAAAACGGUGUGAAGAACGGUCAGAUGAAGCACAGGGAUGACGAGUGUUUCGGGGACGGCGUGGACGACGGCCUGGACACAGACUUUGACUUUGAAGGGAAUUUAGCUCUUUUCGACAAAGCAGCAGUUUUCUCAGAGAUCGACAUAUCAGAGCGCCGUAACGGCGCGAGGUCACGGGGGACGCCUCAGGAUCAGACGCCCUCACGCUACCGCCACGAUGAGAACAUUCUGGAGGCCAAACCCAUUGUGUACAGGCAGAUUACUGUACCUCAGCCCGGGGCCAAAGAAUACUGCACUGAUUCUGGACUGGUCGUGCCGAGUAUCCCCUACGAACUGCACAAGCGUCUGUUGUCCGUCGCCGAGCGUCACGGCCUCUCGCUGGAACGAAGGCUUGAGAUGACGGGAGUCUGCGCCAGCCAGAUGGCGCUGACGCUACUGGGAGGACCCAACAGAUUCACUCCCAAGAACUUACACCAGCAUCCCACAGUGGCGCUGCUGUGUGGCCCUCACGUUCAGGGAGCCCAGGGCAUCAGCUGCGGCCGCCACCUGGCCAAUCACGAAGUGGAAGUCGUUUUGUUUUUGCCAAAUUUUGUCAAGAUGCUCGAUUCUGUGACUGGCGAGCUCACGCUCUUCAACAAGACCGGAGGCAAACAGGUCUCCAACAUCAAAGACCUCCCAGACACCCCCGUGGAUUUAAUCAUUAACUGUCUGGACUGCCACGAGAACACAUUCCUGAUGGAUCAGCCUUGGUACCGGGCCGCGGCGGACUGGGCCAACCAGAACAGAGCGCCAGUCCUCAGCCUGGACCCUCCUGUGGGCGGACAGGGGCCGGCCGUGGAGGCCAAGUGGUCCCUCUCGCUCUGCCUCCCCCUCCCUCUGGCCGAGGGCGCCGGCAGGGUGUACCUCUGCGACAUCGGGAUUCCCCGCCAGGUUUUCCAGGAAGUGGGAAUCAAAUACCAUUCUCCCUUUGGCUGCAAAUUUGUCAUCCCGUUGCACUCUGCAUAGUGGGUCUUUUGCUCAACAAGAUUGAAUAUUUCACCUUCCUUCACCAUUUAAGUUGUGGCUCCUCGUAUUCCAGAUAUUCUGCUGCUUUUUUUUUCUUUUAUAAUUUCAAUCUUCAAUUUUGCAAUUUGGUCUGAACCAGACGUUUGCCUCAUUUGCUCAAGGAUGAUCGCUGUGUACAAUAGUUCUUGGAGAAUUAGGUACAUAUUGAUAAAGAUGUUUACAAUGGUUGCUAUGGCAAAAAAUUUGGAUAAAGAGGUUCUUGACCGAGGCGGAAAAAGAUGCAACGUGAUACUCAUUUCUGAAUGUCAUUGUAAUCUAACCUCAUUCCAAAGCCAUCCAAUAUAUCAGUCAAGCCUCUAUAAUGCCUGCACUUAUACACACACACACACACACACACACUCUCUCUCUCAUUACAAUCAGAAUCUGACUUCAUGAAUACCACUCAUGCUGUUUCCGCUGCUACCGGCUUUUCCGAAAGCCGUAGCCAUACAGCGCUCGCUCACCUGUUGCCAGAUGCUUCAGUGAGAUCUACACUUUAUCAAAUCAAACAUGAAGUGUUUAUCAUUCUUAUAUUGUGUGUUCAGAUUGUACCCGUGUCGAAUGGGGAUCUUACUGGAUGGAGUUCUGAUAAAAGUGUAAUCUGUGGUCAUGAAGAGCUCUGCUCUUCUGGGACGGCGCGCAAAAGCUGUGGAAAUUUCACCAUUCGGUGCAGGAGAAUAAGCUUUUCCCCCCUCUGGUUACAUGAGACAAAGGGCUUUACAGAUGUUUGAAAGUUACAUUUCCUUCAAAUUACUUUUUUUUUUUCCAAAGUCUCAGUUUCAGGCUAUAACAAUAUUUGCUUCAAUCUCCGCAAAGUUGUCAUUUCAAAGUGUUUUUGUGAAUUCCCUCAGAGAGGACCACAAGUCUGUCACGUGCGAUGUGACGCACACUUAAUGUCGCUUUUAUUAUAAAUGUUCUGGACGUCUCAAACGCUAAACAAUCUGUCCAGUACUGAUGUAAAAUGUGAGCAUUACGAUCAAUCAUUGACAUGAAACUGUGCAACACUCAGCCACAGCUACUUGUUUGUGCUGUUUGAAGACUUUGACGGGGACGGUCUUUUGAAGACUCCGUUAAUUAGAAAUGCGUCUGCAACUCAGGAUGUUGUUUUGAGUUUGCAGGAAAAAAAAAAUUAAAUUUACAAUGACUUGUUGCAGAAGCGAGGAGCCAAGUAGACAAAAAACGAAGCACUGUAGUCCAUACAUUUGGUGUGAGAUUAAAUCGACAUGUGCAACUAGAACUAAAAAUAGGCUGAAAUUGGCCGAUUCAGACGCUGAUUGUCUUUCAUGCACAUUGGUUGAGUCCUUCUCCGACAUUCCUCUGGCCUGAUGUGUAGUGUCACAUCUGUUGAGACAAGCCUGGCUGGGAAACAUCAGCCAAGGCUUCUUUCUGAAUGUGAAUUGUAAUACGUUUUUUUGGGUGUUCGACCACCAGGAGGCGAUGAAGCCAAAUGUUUAUUGUGGCGCUUCCUUGUUCGAGAUGUAGUUGCAGCUCUUUGUACUUAAUGCCAUUGUCUGAAAUGAUCAUUUUUGUCCAUUAAAUGUGAACAGAUGCGAAACCUCGGGCGGUGGACACUUUGGACCAGAGAGCAGGUGGAUUUACUCCGUUUUUUUUUGCGAGGGUUGUCUGUUGCAGAUCUGCAAUUUGUUGGACAUUUCUUUUCAUCUGGGGUGGGGAAAGUGUCAGUUCAGACAGUUGGGAGGUUUUACUGCAGCUAUUUCCAUGUGGGGUCGAAGUUCACUGUCAAGUUUGUUGUGCAGAAAUACUGUGCAGUCCUCAUGUGUCAUGUCUGCAGGUCGAACCAAUAAAAACAUUCAGCAGUU